CGUCACGGACGAGACUCAUCCCGGAAGUCCUGUGUGGAGAGACUGGGGAAAGCGACGUGGAGACAGCAGGGAAAGCCGGUCACUCAGUGUCGUGGAUGUCACUGGCAGGAGCUGCGGCCGGAUACGUGGUGUGCCAGGAUGGGGUCUCUGUUCCGCAGUGAGACUAUGUGCCUGGCGCAGCUCUUCCUGCAGUCUGGGUCUGCCUAUGACUGUGUCAGCGAGCUCGGGGAGAUGGGCUUGGCAGAGUUCAGGGAUCUUAACCCUCAUGUCAGCGCCUUUCAAAGGAAAUUUGUUGGUGAAGUAAAGAAGUGUGAAGAGCUUGAAAGAAUACUAGGGUAUCUGGUCCAGGAGAUCAAAAAGGCUGACAUUGCUGUUCCAGAAGCAAGUGUGCGGCCAGCGGCCCCCCUCCCCAAACAUGUAUUGGAAAUACAGGAACAGUUACAGAAGCUUGAAUCUGAGCUGAAGGAAGUGAAUAAGAACAAGGAGAAGCUGCAGAAGAACCUGCUGGAGCUGACUGAGUAUGCGCACAUGCUGAGGGUGACGAAGAGCUUUGUGCAGCGAUCAUCGGAGCAUGAAACGUCUUCUCAUGCCCGUUAUGAAGAAUUUCCUACGAUAGAGAAGGAAUCCUUAAUGGACUAUACUUGUAUGCAAAGACUUGGAGCCAAACUGGGCUUUAUUUCUGGUUUGGUUCACUACGCAAAAUUAGAAUCAUUUGAGAAAAUGCUCUGGAGAGCUUGUAAAGGCUACACCAUCCUGACGUACCGGGAGCUAGAUGAGUUUCUUAAAGAUUCUGAUACGGAAGAGCCAACUAAGUGGUUUGUGUUUUUAGUUUCUUAUUGGGGAGACCAAAUAGGACAAAAAGUCAAGAAGAUCUGCGACUGUUACCAUUGUCAUAUGUAUCCUUACCCAAACUCUUCUGAAGAACGGCAAGAGAUCAUAUCUGGGCUGAACACAAGAAUUCAAGACCUUCAUGCGGUGAUAAACCAGACGGAUGAUUAUUUGAGACAAGUUCUCUUUAAGGCCUCGGAGUUGGUCUACAAUUGGGUUAUCCAGGUCAAGAAGAUGAAGGCCAUUUACCAUGUGCUGAAUUUUUGUAGUUUUGAUGUCACUAAUAAAUGCUUAAUCGCUGAAGUUUGGUGUCCCGUGGCAGAUCUCCAGAACCUCAAAAGAGCUCUUGAGGAAGGCUCGAGAAAGAGCGGUGCUUCUAUCCCCUCCUUCAUAAACCGCAUUCCCAGCAAUGAGACCCCUCCAACAUUAAUACGUACAAACAAAUUCACUGCUGGCUUUCAGAGCAUAGUAGAUACAUAUGGCAUUGGGACCUACAGAGAAGUAAAUCCAGCUCCUUACACUAUUAUCACAUUUCCAUUCCUGUUUGCCGUGAUGUUUGGAGAUUUUGGACAUGGUCUUCUGAUGUCUCUAUUUGCUCUGGUUCUGGUUCUCUAUGAAAACAGCCCAAAAUUACAACGCACACAAGAUGAAUUCAUGAAGGCCUUUUUUGAGGGACGUUACAUUAUUCUGCUGAUGGGGCUCUUCUCUGUCUAUACCGGGCUUAUCUACAAUGACUGCUUUUCAAAGUCGCUGAACAUAUUCGGCUCCAGUUGGAACGUUUCAGCAAUGUUUGCAGCAGGAGUUUGGGAUAAAGAAGAUUUAUCCAGUGAGUAUUUGACUCUGGACCCCAAUGUAACAGGAGUUGUCAUGGGAGUGUAUCCUUUUGGAAUAGAUCCAAUCUGGAAUUUGGCAUCAAAUCGCCUCACUUUCCUCAACUCUUUCAAAAUGAAGAUGUCCAUUAUUCUAGGAGUGGUACACAUGACGUUUGGGGUAGUACUGAGUGCUUUUAACUAUCUGCACUUUAAGAAGAAGUACAGUUUGGUUCUAGUGUUCAUCCCCGAGCUCCUCUUCAUGAUAUGUAUCUUCGGUUAUCUUGUCUUCAUGGUUGUAUUUAAGUGGCUGGCGUGGUCUGCAGAAAAAUCCAAUACGGCGCCGAGCAUCCUUCUUCACUUCAUAAAUAUGUUCAUGUUUACUGGGAAUGACAACAACUACCUUCUUUAUACUGGGCAGAAUGGUUUUCAAAUUUUCUUGGUGGUUCUCGUGUUUCUCUGUGUUCCUGUGCUACUGUUUGGGAAACCUUUGUACCUGUACUGGCAGCACCGCGGAGGUCAGACAUUUGGGAAUUACAGGAAAGGAUAUACAUUAGUAUCUCAUGGAAGUGAGGAAGAGCUGUCAUUACUCAGACCGCAUGACUUGGAAGAGGGGGGCAGCCAUACAGGCCAUGAAGCUCUGAGAGAAAGAGAUAAAGAGGAGUUUGAUGCGACUGAGGUGUUUAUGAGUCAGGCAAUCCACACGAUCGAAUACUGUCUGGGAUGUAUUUCCAACACUGCUUCCUACCUGCGUCUCUGGGCUCUAAGCCUGGCUCAUGCCCAGCUUUCUGAAGUCUUGUGGACAAUGGUGCUCAGUAAAGGCCUCUCUGUGCUGCCCUCUAGUGUCGGAGUGGUUCUGCUGGUGCCAGCCCUGGCUGCAUUUUCUGUAUUAACUGUGUUUAUUCUUCUAGUUAUGGAGGGCCUGUCUGCCUUCCUUCAUGCUCUUCGAUUACACUGGGUGGAAUUUCAGAAUAAGUUUUAUUCUGGUGCAGGAUAUAAAUUUACCCCUUUCUCUUUUAACGAUAUGGCCUUGUACCUGGACUAAGACAUCUCUGUAUUGAAGAUAAAUUAUCCUUAUGAUCUCUUCACCGAAGAAGAGCACAGUUUACGCACAUCAUCUGGGAGCACCCCCGAAUGUCAUUCCUCAGUAUUUAUUCAGUUUUAUUUGUCUUUCAGCCAUGCUAGUCUUCCAGCUUUAAGAAUUUAAAGUGUUUCUCUUGGUCUCUAAUGGAGAACUGGAGCAGCAAGAAAUUACUAAACGUUGGCCUACAAAGCACUGAUCCUCUCAUAUUUUUGUAGUUAUUACUACAAAGGCAUUUCCAAAUGUGCCCUAUUGAGUAAAUAUUUUUAAGUAUUAAUAUAUGAAAAUAACACUCCACUAAAAAUGUGUAUCCUUUUGAAUAAAAUGUGUCUUCAAUUUGGAUCAGUGGGGAUUCGACACUCCGUUCCACCUCCAAACAGCUGUUUGGGGCAGCCACCGGUGCCAGAAACUGUACAGUCGAUAGAAGGCUUCACUUAAAUGUAAAUGGAGCUGCAGAACCCCGACAUGGCCACUACACAGUGGAUGGAACCUUCUGCUUCUGGCUCCGUCCACUGUAUAAUUUCCAGCACGGGGCCACUACACAGUGGAUGGAACCUUCUGCUUCUGGCUCCGUCCACUACAUGAUAUCCACAACGACGGCCACUACACAGUGGAUGGAACCUUCUGCUUCUGGCUCCGUCCACUACAUGAUUUCCAGUACGGCGGCCACUACACAGUGGAUGGAAUCUUCUGCUUCUGGCUCUGUCUACUGCAUGAUUUCCAGCACGACGGCUACUACAGUGGAUGGAACCUUCUGCUUCUGGCUCCGUCCACUGCAUGAUUUCCAGCACGGCGGCCACAACACGGUGGAUGGAAUCUUAUGCUUCUGGCUCCGUCCAUUGUAUAAUUUCCAGCACGGGGCCACUACUCAGUGGAUGUAAAGCUUCUGCUUCUGGCUCCCUCCACUACAUGAUUUCCACAAUGACGGCCACUACACAGUGGAUGGAACCUUCUUCUUCUGGCUCCGUCCACUUUAUGAUUUCCAGCAUGGAGGCCACUACUCAGUGGAUGGAAGCUUCUGCUUCUGGCUCUGUCCACUGUAUGAUUUCCAGCACGGCGGCUGUCCGAAAAGCUAAUUGGUGGGAGUGUGGAGUGUCAAACCCAACUGAUCUGAUAUUGAUUACCUAUCACGGGGGUGGGCCAUAAUUAUCUAAAUUGUGGAAAACCCUUCUAACAUCUACAUUACUGUGAGUAUAAGAUCUGCUAAAGGUAUACCAUGGCAACGCCAACUACAGCUAGACAUAGGCUUAAUAGUAUAGCAAUUUAGUCAGUACAACCCCCUAAAUGUGUGGUUAGAUCAGCCAAGCCAUAUGGAGAGGAGGACACCAGACACCAAUGAUAGUACUUAAAGGAAUCCCAGCAUGCCACUUCUCAAUGGCAGCCGUAACGGUUACAUUACUGCAGCACUUACUGGACCAGGAGGGGGAGAGUAACUAUUUUACAUGUAUUAAGCUACAGUUUUGUAAGUACAGAAACCACUUUAAUAAAUACAUUCUUGAUAAAUGAUCUUAACUUAUGAACCAAAACUUCUAAAAUAACAUCCCUCACAGAUCGUCUACCUCUCCAGAUCCGUGCUUUUCUGUCAUGUGUGUGUGUUUGAUAGAAUUUGUGAAGAACUUGGGUCAUGCAAGUUUUAAUGAAGACAAAUGUUCUAUAUUCUGUAAUUUUCAGAUGCUAACUGUUUUGAACUUUCUCCUGUAAAACUGAGCUAAGAAUGAAGUUUGGAUGUCAUGUGCAAGAAAAUGGAAUAAAGAUUUUAUAUAUUUGUAAGAUUGUAUGUAUGUAAGAUAUGGAAAUUUGUAACAAUGAUAAUGUACAGUAUUUCAGAUUCUGACUUUUAAAUAAAAUAAAAAGAAUUAGAAAUGGAA